AUGAAAUCCAAUUCAGCAGAAAUUGAAAAUACGGCUAAUUCUUUAUCGAAAGAUUUAAAAUUUGCAUUAGAUAAUCAUUUGUUUAGUGAUAUUAAGCUAAAAGGAAACGACGGAGAAGAAAUAAAUGCUCAUCGAAUAAUAUUAGUGUCACGUUCAGAGGUGUUUAGGCGUAUGUUAUUGAAUGAAAUGAAAGAAUCCACACAAGAAGUAAUAGAAUUUCCAGAGUUUUCUUCGAAAACUUUACAUGUUAUUCUUGAAUAUUUAUAUACCGAGAAAGUGACAGAGAAGACGUUGAAGAUUGAUAUCAUCGCUAAAGCUUUUCAUAGUGCUGAUUAUUUUUUACUUGAGCAACUAAAACUUCAAAUUAUUGAGUUUGUUUUACAUGAUUUAAAGAGCAAGGAAAAUAAGAUAAAUAUUUCAGCUAAGGUUCUAUCCCAACUUUUGGAAUGUAUGGAUACAUCUAAUAAUAAGUUGGUUGAUACACUUUGCAUUAUUAUUAAUUCUGCUCCAUUAAAAUCUAUUGAAUAUUGUAAUUUAACCGACAAAGCGUUGAAUUGUAUUUUAUCAAAGAUCAAUAGGGAAGAGAAUACGAUAUUUUUCAAAACUGAAUAUGAAUUAUUCCAUUACAUUAUAUUAUGGACUGCAAAUAAUAUCUCGGAAGAAGCUUUAUUAUUUUAUAAUUCAUAUUUGCCUUCUCCGGAAAUUAUUGAAAGAUUUAUCGCUACACACAUGAAAGAGUGGAACGUUCAUUCCUUAUCUAACACGGAAAAAUCUCAUGCAAUAUACCGGUCAACAAUGUUAUCAAUGACUUCAUCUCUACUUAAUUAUGUGGAUAUAGGACAAAUUCAUCCAUCGAUUAUUUCCGAUAUAAUUGAACCUCUUAAUGGUAUAGUUGAUUCAAAUAUAUUAUUAGAUACAUAUCGGAAAAAAGCUUUGUUAGCUGAAAAGUAUUCUAAUAUACUGAUGAGAGUUGCUUUACUUCAAUGGGAUGGUCGUGCACGUGGUAGUAAGAUGAACUUUGACACAAGUCCUUUUAUUGUUUUUACGAAUUCCUCAUCACAUGAAUGGAUUAGAACUUCAUUACCAAUAAUCGGUCAAGGUUUGUUUGAAUGGGGUAUUGUAGUUGAAGAAAUUUGUUGUUAUUUUUGGGUUGGAAUUUGUACUGAGAAUGGAUUUGACGUAAAUUACAACUCAUGGCUUGGAACACAAGCAUACGGAUGGGUUCUUGCCUUUAGUAAUUUACCCGAUGUAGUUUAUCCUUCAGUAUCUUUAUGUAAACCUGGAAAAGCGAGGAUUGUGUCAAUUUGA